AUGUUUACAUCCAAAAUGUCCACCAUGUUCCCUCAAAAUAUGAGCCAGAGCCUAGUGCCCCUGCCUCUUAGAACUUCUCCCAAUUAUCAAGACCCUUUACGUCAUGUUGAACGGCAGGCGAGACAUAUACAACGUAAUUUGCAGCAUCUUAUAGAUGCCCAAAGCGAAGGACUACUGGCAGGCCUUGGUGGUCAGCAACCUGAAUUCGGCACGCCUAAUGAAAGCAAUUUAUCGUACUCGGAAUCAGUAAGCUCUAGGGGGGCUUCAAAAUCGCCUACUCGACGGUUGUCCAACAAGAAGAUCGGGUUGCGUUCAGCACGGGAGGGCAUUUUUACAUCCAUGUAUGACCUGAUGCGACUGCGUGAGGAAGAAUUAGAAAUACUUUCCUACAGGAAGGAGGAAAUGAACUCUGGAUUGAACGAGAUCGAAACAUUCAACACCAAAAGAUCCGGAUUGGAGGAUGCUAUCUCCACCAUGAACAACGAUAGGGAGACUCGACGGUCCAGGGAACUGCGAGAUGAGAGUGCCACACUCGAGGUGCAAAUACAUGAGCUGGAGAAUAAACUGGCGCAGAUGAAAUCGAAACACCGGCACGUUGUCCAAGAGCUAUCCCAAAUUGAAAACUCCGUGGAGGCCAAAAUGUCCUCCUACAAAGCCUCUUUGUCGCUUCUCGAGAAUGAUAUCCGGAAGUUCCUGGCGGAUCCCCCGGUGAAGGCGCCAGCAAGGGGCACUGUUGGAGAAAGCUUCUAUUCCUUGAAAUCCAACCGAAGAACUCUUGAGAUGGCACAAGAACAUUGGAAGAAAGAACAGUCCGAAUUGCAACAAAGACAAAACGAAAUUGAUGCCGAGAUAGAGGCACUUGAGGAGGGUGGUGACGUUUGGAAACGGGUGGUUACGGCUAUAUCAGGGUUUGAGGGGCGCCUGCGAACGGGAAUGCGUCGUUCAAUAAAAACACAGGAGCAGCUGCUGAAAGAGGAUGGAGCCGCGUUCAACAAGGGUCGCUUAAGCCAUGAUAUUAUGGAUGACUUAUCGGAGACCACAGAUCUCGUAGAACUACAUCUGGACCAUGCGGAGCAGAAAAAUUGGAAACUCCUUGUUUGCUGUAUUUCAGCAGAGCUCCAAGCCCUGCGAGAGGCUCGGCAGAUGCUCCUAAGCAUCUUCAAUAUCACAGAGGAAGAAUUCAACCCAUCUCCACAAGGGUCUCCAGAGUCACGCAAGAGUGUUGACAAUGAUUCCCAGACUGAUCCUCAUGGUGAUGAUAACCCGGAUCCCCCGGCUGACUUAUUACGAGAUGCGGAGAACCAUUCCCACGAAGCAGCCAAGCCGGGCGAUGAAGAUGAAGACGAUGAUCCGGACCCAGCUUGGCUACUUCCAGAAACCUGA